AUGGCGAUUCUCUCUGUCGCCCGUAGCCGACACUCGCUCCCACCCCGCUUCAUAGUCAGCUGCCUCUCAAAAAGCAACGCUUCCUCCAUUACUGAUGACACUUCCUUAGCCUCAUCUGCUUCUUCACCGCUUUCCCCUUCCGCCGCCAAGUCCCUCCUUCUCAGGGAGUACGAUCCCGACGAAGCCCUCUCCAUCAUCUCCUCCGUCCCGAAGUCCUCUUCUUCCCCCGCCUCUACCCGCUUUGCCUUCGAUCUCGCCGUCCGCCGCCUCGCCACCGCCCGCCGAGAUAAGGAACGCAAUUUCAAGGCUUAUAAGGGCCUAGAAAGCGAGAAUGUAUUGGAAUGCGAUGCAAAUGUAAAUUAUAUCUCAAGAUAUGCACCAGAAAAGCUUGAAAAUCUUGCAGAGUUCAUUGAGCACUUUUUCCUUGGCCUCCCUAGAAUUUCAAUUAUUUGCAUUAGCUUGCUUGAUGGUGAUUAUGUAAACCUGCUUGGGGAGGAACUGAUUCCCUCUUCUUUAUUUCUGGCAUGUUUGCUUAUCACACGGUUUGAUGGGAACAAACAACCGAUUAUUAUGUGCUUGCCCGUUGAUUCAAUAUCAGAAGAAUUUCAGCCCAUGUGUAGUCCAUGCAAGGAGCUCAAACCUUGGCAUUGUCCCUGGAGUAGUGCUGUGUUUGACGACGUGGCUCCCUCGUACAGGAUCAUUUUAGAAGCUAAUUAUUUGUCUUUCCGUACUGAUGUCCAUGAUGAAGCUGGGUACAUCAUGUGGUUGUCUGAAAGACAGAGUUAUGACGAUCAACUAAAUAAUUUAUUGAAAGCAAUGAAUCAUGAAUGGAUAGGAUCAUGGGAGUGCUUGCUCUUGGGCGAGGGAUUGGAUGCCAAAUCUCUCAAAAAUUUUGCUGAGAAAUUGACAAAUUCUUUGAAUUCCCAAUGUGAUUUUAUUUUCAAUGAUAAUCUCAUCAAAGUUAUACUCAGUGGUGCUUCGUCUGUCCUUGAUGCUGAAGCCUGCAUUUUUCAAUCACUACUUUUUAAUGGAUUCUUUGGCUGGGGAGGAUGUUCUGGGAUGCAUAAACUCAGGACAUUUGCUUACCAUAAUAAAAGAGUUAGGCCAAUUCUCAAAUCUAUUAAGAGUUUGAUUUCGAAAGCAGUUGGCGAGGGCAUGAAUGUUAUCAGGCAACCAAUUAUUCUUGUUUUAGAUUCUGAUGUGCAGGUAAUCACUUUCUUUUGA